AUGCUAUCACUAAAGGCUUCAAGAGCUGAUAACUUCUACUAUGGAAGUGUUGAAGAUGAAGAUUUGAAGAAAAAAAAAGAAAAGGAUUUUAAAAAAAUAAACAAAAAAGAUUAUAACACUAUAAAAUUUGAAAUACCAUAUACUAUAAUAUGUAAAAAUUGUAAUAUAUAUAUUUAUAAAGGAGAAAGAUUUAAUAGUGAAAGAAGAAAGGCGGGUUAUUACUUAAGUACAUGUUUUUAUUCCUUUUCUAUUUUUUGUAAAAAAUGUCAAAAUAAAAUUGUUAUAGAGACAAAUCCACAAAAAUGUUCAUAUGAUAUUAUUGAAGGCGCAAGAAAAAAAAAUGAGCACUAUGAAAAUAUUUUAACAGAAGGAGGUAUAAACAAUAUUAAUUAUGUAGAUUUCGAACAAAAUAAAAAGAAAAAAACAAACCCGUUUAUGAUUUUAGAAAUAAAUGCUCUUAAUAAAAAAAAAAAAAAUGAAUUAGAAAACCAUUUUGAAAAUAAUAUAUUAAAUAAUGAUGACCAAAAAAGUGACACCAACCAAAGUUUACAAACAAAAGAUAAAGAAAAUGAUAAUAGGGAAAUAGAAGAAAACAAUGAUAUACUAUCUAAAGAAAAUAAAUACAUUGACAAGCCUAUUGAUGAUACUCAAUCAGAUGAAGACAUAAAUGAUGUUAUAAAAGAAACUUAUAAAAGAAAUGUUAUGCUUAAAAAUGAUUUUGGAUGUAACCGAACUCUAAGAAAACAACUUAGAGACAUUAAAAAUGAGAAAAUCCAAAAACGAAAAGAAAAUAUUGAGAAAAAUAUUUUUAUAAAUAUUUUAAAGGAUCCAUGUGAAGAUUUAAAAGUUAAAAAGUUUCUUCAUAUGAAAGAAAAAUAUAAGAAAACGAUAAACGAAAAAACAAAAUUAGCAAAAAAUAAUUUAAUAAAAAAAAAAAGUAGUAUAUUUGAUAAAAAAUAUUUGAAGAAAUCCAAGUAA